AUGGAAGGCGCAUCGCUGCUGGAGCGGUACCUGGAGAGCUGCGACGGGCAGGAUGACUUCUCCACUAGACCUCAUCUGUUCACUCCUAUGAGCCCUUAUGAUUUAGAACUUCCAAUUCAAAGAGCUGAAGAUGGGGUGUUUGCUUCCCAGUUAAAGCCCAAGGAGCUCCACACAGACUUCUCCUCUGUGGAUCUCAGCUUUCUCCCAGAUGUUACCCAAGACAACAAAGAACAAAACCUCUCUGAAGAUGGUCAUGAAAUUACAAAAGAGCUUGAUGAGUCACUACCAAGUAACGAGGACAGUGGUGUUGUCAUGGAUGGAAGCAGCUUGUCACAUCCAGGUGCAGCUCAGCCAUCUCCUAAAGGAUCUGGCGUGCAUCCUCCCCUGACUCCAAUGACUCCAGUGACCCCAGCGACCCCAGCAACACCUUCAGAAAGUUCUGGAAUAGUCCCUCAGCUACAGAACUUCGUGGCAACUGUAAACUUAGCUUGUAAACUGCAUCUGAAGAACAUAGCUCUGCAUGCCAGAAAUGCAGAGUAUAACCCAAAGAGGUUUAAUGCUGUGAUCAUGAGAAUAAGGGAACCACGAACAACAGCCCUCAUCUUCAGUUCAGGAAAAAUGGUCUGCACAGGAGCAAAAAGUGAAGAGCAGUCGAGGCUGGCAGCCAGGAAAUUCGCGCGGGUGGUGCAAAAGCUCGGCUUCCCUGCCAGGUUCUUGAGCUUCAAGAUCGAGAAUAUUGUGGGGAGCUGUGAUGUGGGGUUCCCCAUCCAGCUGGAAGGCUUGGCUCUCACCCACCAGCAGUUCAGCAGCUAUGAACCUGAACUAUUCCCUGGCCUGGUUUAUAGGAUGGUCAAACCAAAGGUAGUGCUGCUGAUCUUUGUGUCUGGAAAAGUUGUACUGACCGGAGCAAAAGACUGUUCUGAAAUCAAUGAGGCAUUUGAGAACAUCUACCCCAUUUUAAAAGGUUUCAAGAAACCAUCGUGCCACAGCUCACGAAACAAUCCAGAAUAACACCUGGGUUUGUGCUGCUGUGCAUGGAACAGACACCAAGGGGAUUCCUGGAGCAUUUGUGGAGUUAUGGAUUAUCAAGCAAAUUAUUCAUUUCUGAAUGCCACAUCUGCUGAUGCCUUUCUCUAGCCUGUGAGAUGUUCUUUUUUUCAGAUUAUCUGUCUGUAAUCCACCUGAAUUCUGAUAACUUUUGUCCAGUUAAAACACUUGAUAAAUGAGUGCACUUUUCAUAGAAUGUAUAUUAAGGUGGUACUUUAAAAUAUUUUGUAGUAGAAGCCAUGUGUCUCUUUCCCUGUUGAACAGGUGAAUCCACACUGCACUUUCAGUCUGGCUUAAUCAAAAUCCUCAGCUCUAAGUGUCCUGAAUUUCUCUUGCAGUGUGAUAGUUCCAUGUUUAAACUCAACUUGUCUAUAUUGUUGUCUAUAACAUGGCUUUCAAAAUCCUGCAGGAGUUGAUUUUGGUGUUUAGAAGACAUGUACUGAAAUCACUUUGAUUCCAGUGGCUGGGUAAACUCUUGUGUGUGCUGGUGCAGGAUUUUCUUCCACAGAGAAGACAUUCCAGGUCCUGGAAUAUAUGCUGGGAUAUACCCAGGAAAUCUGUGAGUGGAGGGGUAAUAAAUGAU